AUGAGGAAGCUAAAAUAUCACGAGAAGAAGCUACUAAAGAAGGUGAAUUUCCUGGAAUGGAAAAGAGAAGGUGGUCAUAGGGAAGCUGAUGUAAUGCGUCGCUACCACGUCACCGGAAGAGACGACUAUAAAAAGUAUUCGGGUUUGUGUAGAAUGGUGCAGAAGCUAGUGAACAUACUCAAGCAGAUGGACCCAAGAGACCCAUUUCGAAUUGAGAUGACCGAUGCUCUCCUCGAAAAGCUGUACAACAUGGGUGUCAUACCCUCUAGGAAGAGUUUAGCGUUGUGUGAUCGCUUAUCUGUGUCAUCCUUCUGUCGGCGUAGGCUCUCGACUGUUUUGGUGCGACUAAAGUUUGCUGAACAUUUAAAAGAGGCUGUCACCUAUAUAGAGCAGGGGCAUAUCCGAGUCGGUCCAGAAACAGUUAGUGACCCAGCAUUUCUUGUAACAAGAAAUAUGGAAGACUUUGUCACAUGGGUAGACACAUCUAAGAUAAAGAGAAAGGUCCUGGAGUACAACGAGAAGUUAGAUGAUUACGAUGCUAUGAACUGA